GUAGUAAGCGAAAAAUGUUGUCCUUUAUCACUAUCGUUGUACCAAACCCUGCAGACCACAUUUCGUUAAAAUGAAUCGUCUUGCGUGCAUCAUAUUUCAACUGAUAGGUUUAACCUAUUGCACUGAUUGUCCUGAUGGUUGGUUCGCGUUUGAAGGAUCCUGCUACUUAAUUGGUAGUCAUGCAAUGCAUUUCACAGAAGCUGAGUCGUAUUGUCGACAACAUGGUGGAAAUCUUGUUCACGUUGAAACAAGAACAGAGGAUUUGUUUUUGAAAGGAUUUAUUCAUACGCAUCUUGCAGGAAAAGAUUACUGGAUUGGAAUGACCGAUGAGACGAUAGAAGGUGUUUGGAGAUGGUAUGGCACGGGUACCAACGUCCGGUUCACAGAUUGGGCGCCAACUGAGCCACAAGACAAUGGGCAUGGAGAGGAUUGUGCCGUCUUCCACCACCCAAACUAUCAGUGGGCGGAUGUUCCGUGUGCAUCAAACAGGAUUCCUUUUUGUGAAAAGAAAGUCGGAGGAGGUGAACUGGUAAGCGUAAUCGGAUAGUACGGACAUUCUGUCUCUCCUCAGAAACCUCAUCAACAACGGAAAUGACAAAAUAUUUUUGGUUUAAAAACAACAGCAUCAGUAUAUAGUAAUAAAACAUUAUAUGCGAACUA